GCAUCGGAGAGGGAAUCUCGCGAGGAGAUCGCUGAAACGAGGGGAGGGAGAGGUAUAAAUAAAGUCGAGGAAACUGGGGUACCGGUUCGUAGGCGGUGAUGGGCGGCAACGGAUUCCUACAGGAAACCCGCCCCAGCAGACCAAGCCCCUUUUUUGCCCGGGGGCUCGUCCUGGGACGCGGUGCUCUUCCCUACCACAUGCAUAUCCCCGUCUGAUCGAGACCGAGUCGUUCGACCGGUCGGCAGUCUGUCACGGGGCGAAGAACGGGAACCACACACACGGUUAACCCCGGACACCUCUUCCACGGGACGACUUUUUUACCCCGAGCGACGGAGAAGCUCCGCGCGAGAGUAUAUCAUAGUAUAUAUCGGUACCGUGAUCAAUCUCGAGUGCACAGUGCGCGAACGGAGAAGAAGCUCGAACGAGGGAAAAGAGACGAGAGACUUUGGUUCCGUGUGAUUUUGAACCCGCGGUGUGCCAGAUCCCGCGGGAUCACCCUCGAAGUCGGGCGUCGAGAUGCUGACCGACAUGACACCGGCAGCGGCUGGUCAUCAACUCUAUCCCCAGCUACAGUCGAUCGCGAAGUCGCCGGUGCACGGUCACGUGGAUCAUCCGGGACUACGAGGCACGCCUCUCGCCAUGCUGGCGGCACAGUGCAACAAGCUGAGCAGCAAGAGUCCGCCGCCACUAGCGGACGCGGCGGUAGGCAAGGGUUUCCAUCCUUGGAAAAAGAGCCCGCAGAGCAGCGGAAGUUCGCCGCAGCAUAGCAGCGGCGGCGGCGGCGGCGGAGGCGGCGGCGGCAGCGGCGGGUGCACAACGACGGGAGUGAGCCAGAGACCGGCGGCAACGAGCAGCGCCGGUAGCACGACCGGAGGUUACGCCAGAGCGCCGGUGACAUCGUGCGCCUCGACCGCGCCGCAAUACGGUAGCGAGUUGUACUUUCCGGGAACGGCGAGCGCGCAACCGGCCGGCGAUCCUCAUCAUCAUCAGAGCAGCCUCCUAGGGAAGGUCGAGGGCGCGACCUUGGGCUCGGUAUACGGCAGGCAUCCGUACGAGUCGUGGCCGUUCAACGCGAUGCCGGGCGCGACUCACAGCGGGAUCAAAACGGGCGACGGUUGGUGGGACGUGCACGGGGCCGCGACCGCCGGCGGAUGGUUGGACGUGAGCGGUACCGUCGGCGUCGGCGUCCACGCGGCGCAAAUGGCCAAUUACUCGGCCGACUACUCGACGAGUCUCGCUCUGGCCGGCAAUCACUUGCUGACGACGGCUACGACCGCCGGGCACAAUCUCCUACAAGACACGUACAAAUCUAUGCUACCGGGCGGACCGCCCGGAUUCGGGCUCCAUCAUCACGCGGCCGCGACGGCUGGCGCCGGCGCCGGAAGUCCACAGGGCGGCGGCGGUGGCGGCGGAGUCGGGGGCGCCGGCGUCAGUCAAGCGCCCUCGCCACGCUCGCAGAGACGUUACACCGGUCGCGCCACGUGCGAUUGUCCGAAUUGUCAAGAAGCCGAGAGGCUCGGUCCCGCCGGCGUGCACCUCAGGAAGAAGAACAUCCAUAGCUGCCACAUACCGGGUUGCGGCAAGGUCUACGGGAAAACGUCGCAUCUGAAGGCCCACUUACGGUGGCACACUGCGGCACCUUCGAACCCACACCGGCGAAAAGAGAUUCGCCUGCCCGGUCUGCAACAAGCGGUUCAUGCGCAGCGACCAUCUCGCGAAGCACGUCAAGACCCACAGCAGCAGCAGCAGCAGCAGCGGCAGCAAGGGCAAGGGGGGAGCGGGGAGCUCGUCGGCCGAGUCCUGCUCCGACAGCGAGGACAACGGGAGUCAGCAGAGUCCCACUUCCAGCUCGGUGCCGCAGCAGCAGCCGCAGCCGCCGCCGCCGCAGCCGGCGGCCCAGCAGCAACAGCAGCUGGCGGCAGCGGCGGCGGCGGCAGCGGCGGUGGCGGCGGCGGCGGUGGCGGCGGGCCAGGACACCACCACAUCCCCCCAGAACACCACCACCACUCUCGGCCAUCAGCCGACAACACCCAUGACCCCAAUACAGAUGACCCCGCCGCCUCUGACCCCACACCAUCCCCACCACCCGCAUCUCCCACCUCUAAUGCACCAUCCUCAUCAUCACGCAACCUCCGUCCCGGCGGCGGCCCACCAUCCGCACGCGGGGAUGAGCAUGCACUGAGCCCGGUGGGGCCCGGAGCCGGUGCCUGCAGUACCGCUGCCGCAACGGCCCUGGGCUCCCCCUUAUCAUCCUACCCCCUCAAUCUGAACCUAAUGCAGAAUCACGCGACCAUUAAUCCAUCGGCAAUCGCCCAUCAUCACCAUCAGCAGCAACAGCACCAAAACCACCAUCACCACCACCAUCAUCACCACCACCAAUCGCACCAACAACAACAGCAUCCGCGACAAAACAAUUCCUACUCUGUCUCUGUGCAACAAAAUCCUGGCACGCCGGGGACCGCGCAGACUCCCUCACCCUCGUCCCCAGCGCCUGUACAUAGUCUCUAAGUACGUUUACGAGCGCACCGACAACCACCGCACGUCCGUCCGGCCGCGCGUUUUCAUACACGCGGGCACGAAUAAUAUACACACGUAGACACGAAGAUAUACACGACAUCUCUGGCUCCCCGUCCUGCUUCCGAAUAUGGAAAAUGGUCCCUCCCCCCACGCACACGCGACUUUUCAGGAUUUUUUUUUUUUAAUUGUACAUAAUAUAUAUAU